CAGUGGUCCUGUUGGAAGUCUCGCAUAUAAAAUGCGCUUUAUUGUGAGCCACAUUAGUAGGUGCUCUGCUCUGCUCCCACAGCUAGGGGGACGAUAGAGAAAGGCUAUGUAGCUUCUUACAUUGACUCACGGUCUCGGUUGCUACUGUGCUGUGACCUAUUUCCAGGCUUCGUCUGUGCUAAUAGUUUAGACCAUAGCCCAGCAUUUUGGAAUUCGUGCGAGCGGCACUUAGGCGGUAUUUUGUCGUCCUGAACUUCAGAUAUUGUAGGAGAUAUCCACAUUGGAGGUUCUUAGUUGGUUCAUUUCACCCGUACUGUAGCUUAGGCUCCAGCUUAGCCGUGGUUGUUGCAUAAGGCAUUCCGGGCUGGUUGCGGGUGACAUUAGAAACGGACAAGGAAAAUACUUUUUUAAAAAGACAUUUUCUCCAAUGCGGGUGUCCGGUGAUAUUUCUCUCUCCGCCUGGCCACAUGUCGCCUUCUCGGAUUCUCGCUUGAGACGGCAUUAGCCAGGCAUCCGCUUCCGCUUGAAUCUCCCCCAUCUGUCCUUCACACGACUGAACCCGCGCUACAAUCUAACUUAUGACCAUGAUCAGCUCAACAACGGAACGCAUCGCAUCCGCUUUACAGUCGCCAUCCACGUUACGAUCUGCAUCGACGCAAGAACGGACCAGGUUGCAUAAUAAUCGUCGGAAACCAGUUACGGCAAUGGCGCCUGGCCAGCGUACGAUUCUGAGAGUUCUAUGGCUCGUGACGUGGCUGACUACAGUCGCUUUCAUCCCAGCUGCACUAGCAGAAAGCCCUGACACGGAGGAGCUGCUGAAUCUGAAAGCGGCCUUCAUGAUAUCAAAUCCCACAGCGCUGCAGUCGUUCCCAGACAACAUCGACCCGUGCAGUGCAGAGUGGCAGGAGCGAAUCAAGUGCAACGAGGGGGGCAGGAUCAUUGAACUCAAUCUGGCCAACGAGCUGCUCAAGGGGCCAAUCCCAGGGCGACAGCUGGCGCAGCUGGAUGCUCUAGAGCGCCUAAAUCUUGGGUACAACACACUCACUGGACCGAUUCCCCAGGAGAUUGGGUCUCUCAACAAGCUUACAUUCCUGUCGUUGGAAGCGAAUCAGCUGGAGGGGUCCAUUCCGGAUUGGAUGGGGGCAUACCUCUCACAGCUCGUCGAAAUUCGCUUUGCCAACAACCAGUUCAACGGGUCGCUGCCUAACGGCCUGGGCUCUUUGCCAAAUCUGACCACGCUUGACAUGGGCAGCAACAAGAUAUCGGGCCAGCUGCCGGCACAGCUAGCUUACUGCAAGGAACUGAAACUCAUUUCCCUCCCAGCCAAUCAGCUGUCAGGACCGAUCCCCGAAUGGCUGGGGAACCUCAAGAAGCUUGAAGUCCUGGAGAUGUACACCAACAUGCUCUCAGGCCCUAUUCCCACACAACUAGCCCUCGCAGAGUCGCUCCACUCCAUUGCCAUGGACGACAACCAGCUCACAGGCCUUCUCCCGCCCGAGCUCGGAGACCUACCGAAUCUAUCCGCCAUCUAUGUGGCCAACAACAAACUGGAGGGGCCGAUUCCGGACUCCUACAGCAAGCUUGAAUCACUCAUGUACCUGGAUGUGAGCUACAAUGAGGGCGUCAACGGCACUAUCCCAGAGUUUUUGGGGCGAAUGCCACGCAUUCAGUCCAUAGCCUUCGAAUACUGCGACCUAACAGGCCCCCUACCUGCCAACCUGGGCGAGCUGCAGCACAUUGUGGAGAUGUUUCUCGACAACAACCAGCUCACGGGGGACAUCCCGCCCUCGUUCGGCCAGCUUGUGACGCUGAACAAGCUGUACCUCAACCACAACAUGCUGUCGGGGGGGAUCCCCACAGAGCUCUGCCAGCUCACCAACGUCUAUGACCUCAACCUGGCGCGCAACCAGCUGCAGGGGACCAUCCCUGCCUGCCUGACGCAACUGCCGCACCUGGCAACGCUGACCUUGUCGAUGAACCUGCUGACAGGCCCAGUGCCGGAGGUCACCAGCACCAACGUGGUGCAUUUCGAGUACAACGGCAACUGCCUCGACAACGUGCCUGAUCAGCAGGAGGUCUGCAACGCCGCCUCUCCUCCCACCACCGAUGGCACCACCCCGCCCACCACCGAUGGCAGCACCACCAGCCCUCCACCCACUGACGGCACGACCACUGACGGCAGCAGCAGCACCACCACUGACACCGCUUCCCAAGGGUCUCCUCCUCCUGCAGCCGAGUCUCCCCCGAUCCCCCUCUCUGUAUUCAAUGCCACCUCUUCCCAAGGAGGGACGCCAGUGGCGGGAAUUGUGACCAUAGCUGUCUUCACCACAGUCCUGGUUGCCCUCAUCGCUGCGGCCUUCUGCCUCAGCUGGCACCAGAAGCACUCCGAGGGACACAACCGCUCUGACCAGUUGCCAGUAGCGGAGUACAGCCUGUCCAAGAUCAAGAAGGCCACGCGCAACUUCACCACCAUCUACGGCCGCGGCAGCUUUGGCAUGGUGUAUCUCGCGGAGGACUUUUUCCGGGACCAGCCUGAGCCCCGCGCCAUCAUCAAGCGAGCGCACGAUCCGCAGAAGCUGGGCGAGUUUCUCUUCAAGUGCAAGGUAGAGGUUCUUGCCAGGGCGCGCCACCGCUACCUGGUGAACCUGCUGGGGUACUGUGUGGGCAAGGGGGAGCGCAUCCUCGUUUAUGAGUACCUCUCUAACGGCACUCUCUUCGACCGCCUGCACAGGCCGGAAUUGGAGCCCCUCCCCUGGGAGACGCGGGUGCGCAUUGCAGUGAAUGUGGCAUGCGCCUUGGAGUAUCUGCAUCACGGGGUGUCGCCCCCCUUGGUGCACCGGGCUGUGACCUCGUCCAACAUCCUGCUAGCGCAAGACAUGAGCGCCAAGCUCUCUGAUUUUGGCAUCGCUCGUGGCAGCGGCGGCGCCACGUCAUCUUUUGAGGAGAACCCGCGGCGGCAGCGCAAGUCGCGGGCGGGGAGGGCGGAGCGGGGGGAGUCGAGUGAGGCGAGUGUGCAGAUGGAGAAGGUGGAUGUGUAUGGGUUCGGCGUGGUGCUGCUGGAGUUAAUUACAGGACAGAAGGCCAUGAAGGAGGUUCAUAUUACGAGUGUGGCCGCCCCUUUCCUGGAGGACGCGCAGAUGAUGCCCCUGAUGGUCGACCCACAGCUCGGCGGCUACUUCAACCAGUCCGAGCUCAUCGAACUCGGCACAAUCGCGCGCGACUGCGUGCAAGAGGACGCAAGCAGCCGCCCGACCAUGCGCGAGGUGCUCCAAACGAUGGAGGAGCGCCUCCGCCUCGACGCGAAUUUAUUCGAUAAUCUCAAUGAGGAUGACGCUCUCCUCGUGGACGGGUAUUCCGCUGCUGUUCCUGCCGCGGUUACCGCGAGUGGGAGGCGGGGGGGGAUGGGGUUUGGGAGCUUGAGGCUGAGUGUGGGGGGAGGGGCGACGAGUUCUGGAAGGGGAGGGGAGAGUGGGCGGUGGGGUGCGUCGGUGGAGAGCUUUGCGCAGUCGAUCAAGUAUGUGCUGAUGAGUCCCGGGAGGCCGGGGAGUGGGAGUGGGAGGAUUGGGCUGCCGGGGGACGAUCCGCAUGACCUGGAGAUGUCCUCUCUGCUGGUGAUGAACCCAGCUGAUGCCAGGAGAUAGAGUAUUAGUGGCUAGCAUAUGGCGGGGUUUUGAGGGAAUAGAGGCACAAGGAGAGACAGGGAGCAGGGGAGUGGGCGGAUUGGGCUGCCGGGGGACGAUCCCCAUGAUCUGGAGAUGUCUUUGCUGCUGGUGAUGAACCCUGCUGAUGCCAGGAGAUAGAGAAGUGGCGAGGGGGUGGGCGAAUGGCUAGCGGGUCGAGGGGUGUCGGGGGUGAUAGAGGUGCAAGAUGAAGCGGAGAGUGGCAGAAGUGGAAGGAUUGGGCUGCCAGGGGACGAUCCUCACGACCCGGAGAUGUCUUGUUUGCUUGAGAUGAUCCAAGCUGAUGUGAGGAGAUAGAGGAGAGAGAGUAAGGAGGAAUAGAGAGGGGAUAGAGGGGCAACAGGGAGCUCCGGGAGGAGCAGUGGCAGCACUGGGUUUCCACAGCUUUAGGCUGCAUGAAUGAUGGUAACGGUUGUUUGCGGGUUUUGAGACGUCUCAGAGUGGACUUAUGAGUCGACUCAAAAGUCCACAGGAGUGGGUGGCAUGGCACCCACUCAUGUGGGUCCCAUCCAUGAGCUCAUGUGGAAUUAUCCCCACUCCAGUGGACUGUGAGGGAUGAAGUGGUUGCUAUGAGCAAGCCAAGCACCUGCCUGUUGGGACACAACAGGUUUGCCUAUAAUGUCCAUUUUAUGUCGCUGGUAAGGUGGGUGCAGCAGCCAACUGCUGGGGGGCAGAAUAAUGAGCAGCUAUGAAGCGUGCAGCAGUUGCUGCAGGGGUAGCAGCAGGUGGGUCUGUUACGGAAAAGGGGGGUCCGAUGAGGGUGAAAUGGAAGGCGAGGGAGGCUGUGUUGGUUACGUUGGGGGGAGGUGGAGGGAUGGAUUGAGGGGGAGUAAUGUGGGGACAGUGCGGGUGUGAAAAUACGCUGCGAAGCUGAAGCUGUUAGAUUGGAAUCGUCAGCGAUGGAAACACUAAGGUGGCUAGCUAGCAGCCUUCGUCUUGCAGAGCUCCAGGGAAAGUAUUCCUGCCAUACCAACACGUCUGCAGUGUGGCAAUGGUGACAAUUUAUGCUCUGGCAGACUGGCAAUACGUAUGGGUCCCAUGGCUGUGUUGCACACACCUAGGACGUUACAUUAGUAUAUUUUCCCUUAGUUGUAACUCCCUAACACCAGGUGGUCACCCUGUGAAAUUUGAUGGAGUGGAGAUAUGGUUGCACUUAUAAAUUUAUCCCACCAAC